GUAUCUGGAUACAAAGUCAGCUUCAGCUUCAGCUGACAGUCCGCUCUAUGGACACGGAAUACACGGGACACAAGGAGAAAAACAAUCCGGAGACAAAUUGGAUCAAAACUGUAGACUGCGGAAGAGGAAAGUGAUCCGAUUUCGGUUCAGGAAUGAAAAAUAAAGCGUCGUAAUGUGACGUCCGAGGCUGCUGUAGUGAUGAUGGACUGCAAAGGCAACCAAGCAACCACAUACAGGGAUAUAUAGAUAUAUAGAUUUAUAGAUAUAUAUAUAUAUAUAUAUAGAUCAGAAAACAGGCUCUUAACCCGAGGAUUGUGGAUUACAUAUAAAAACGACUGGACGACUUGAGGUUUAUUAUUAUUAUUAUUAUUAUUAUUAUUAUUAUUAUUAUUAUUAUUAUGGUGAAAGGAUGCGUCGGUUUGAAGCUUCUCGAUCAGCAUCAGGUCAGAUUUCAUCAUCCUCGACCUGUUCAAAGGAAUCAGAAACGCAAUAAUUUUACAUUCGAGCUAUAUUAUUAUUAUUAUUAGUAUUAAUAAUAAUAAUAAUAAUAAUAAUAAUAAUAAUAAUAAUAAUACAAGAGGUUGCCUCUGUAUUUCAGGGAUGUUCCUCUUGGAAUAACUGCAUGGUGCCAAAAAAAGGACAUGCAGGUAUCUAUGCAAUUCAUGUGGAGGGUUGGAAAGCCUCAAGAUGCCUCCCUGGCUUGAAUAACGAUGGACCUGCAGCCUGUUUCCAGAAAGCUCACAGGUACAUGAAUUUGAUCUUGUGAACCAGUGGACUCUAUAUAACACUAGCUGUUUAUCCAAACCAAAGAAAUGGAUUUUAAAAUGGUUUCCAGCAUCGUGUCGUUGACGUGUGGUUAAGCGUGCGGUAUGGAAACGUGUGAGAAUGACUGUCUAAGAAGAUGGAAGGAAAAGAUCCUGUGUCUGAUCUGAGACAUUCGUAACAAGAUUAAAAUAGUAUCGCAUACCUGGGUUGCUUGUGAUGGGUAUGUAUGAACAAAAUGACUGACUGGAUUAAUGGUUGUGAGGAAAGCAUGUCAUGUCAUGUCAUGCCACAUCCCCUUAAAGACCUGUAAGAAAGAAGAGGUGUGAGAGAUGCAGGCUGUGAUAAUGCUCCAGUGGAGGGAACUAAGGAAACCUUGUUCCAUGCAUCAUUGGAGCUGAAUGAAGCACCCAAACUGCUAGAUGACCAUUUAAAAUUUGUCAGAUUCAAUAUAUUUAAAACACAGGACUGCGUACUGUUUAAUAGUAGAAAUUCAAGCCACAGUUUUUUCAGACACCUGUUUGAAAGUGCCUUUAUCCAAGCUACUACAGAGAGGCUAUUUUAAUUCUGCUGAAAAUAGCUUUCCAAUACAUAAGAGUAGUGUUUUGUCAUUACAGCUGAUUUAACACUUCCCUCCGGUUAAAAAAGCCUGCAUUUGGUUGAUGUGUUCUGCAUGGAUUUUGUGCAUGAGUUAACCGAGAUUCUCCUCCAGCUGUUGAAACCGCACCGCUGACUCAGUUCAUUUGGAGAUGGACCCAAAUUCGACAAUAAGCAGUAUGGGGAGUGGAGGAAAUGCCACCCCACUACCAUGCACUGGGUGUGGAGGUUCCUGUGAAGCACCACCCCCCUCCAUUGUGCUACCUAUCAUGAAUGCAGAGAACGGCAGCAGCUGGAACUCCUCCAACUCCUCUGAUUCUCACAUCCACCAGCAUCACGGAUCCUCCAACCCCUACUGGACAGCCGUGUUUGACUACGAAGCGGCGACAGAGGAGGAGUUGACCCUAAGGCGCGGGGAUCUCCUGGAGGUGCUUUCCAAGGAUUCAAAGGUAUCUGGAGAUGAGGGCUGGUGGACUGGUAAGAUCCAAGAUAAGGUGGGCAUCUUCCCUAGCAACUAUGUGACACGGAGUGAUACCACGCUGCCCACUGGAGGUUUACUGGUAGGUGGUGAGAGUCCUCUGGAAAUUGAUUUCUCAGAGCUGUGUUUGGAAGAGGUUAUAGGCGCAGGUGGCUUUGGGAAAGUGUAUAAAGGCUUGUGGAGGGAUGAGGAGGUAGCUGUGAAAGCAGCACGCCAGGACCCAGAUGAGGACAUCAGCGCCACGGCGGAGAGUGUCAGGCAGGAGGCACGUCUCUUCUGGAUGCUCAGUCACCCCAACAUAAUCGCACUGAAGGGCGUCUGCUUAAAAGAGCCUAAUCUUUGCCUGGUAAUGGAAUAUGCUCGCGGUGGGGCACUAAACCGGGCACUGGCAGGGAAGAAGGUUCCUCCCCGGGUCCUGGUUAACUGGGCAGUGCAGAUCGCUACUGGCAUGGACUACCUGCACAACCAGACGUUUGUUCCUGUCAUCCACAGGGAUUUGAAGUCCAGUAACAUUCUGAUUCUGGAGCCAGUGGAGAGGGAUGAACUGAGUAAUAAGACACUAAAGAUCACAGACUUUGGACUGGCACGGGAGUGGCAUCGCACCACUAAGAUGAGUGCGGCGGGCACCUACGCUUGGAUGGCUCCAGAGGUCAUUAAGUUGUCGCUCUUCUCUAAAAGUAGCGAUGUGUGGAGUUUCGGUGUACUGCUGUGGGAGUUGCUGACUGGUGAGGUGCCGUAUCGGGAGAUUGACGCCUUGGCUGUGGCUUAUGGAGUUGCUAUGAACAAACUGACCCUCCCUAUCCCAUCCACCUGCCCUGAAGCCUUUGCUCAACUGUUGGGAGAGUGUUGGAGCCCGAACCCUCACAGUCGCCCGUCCUUUAGUAGCAUCCUGAAAAGGUUGCUGGCCAUCGAGCAGUCCUCCAUGUUCCAGAUGCCACUGGAGUCUUUCCAUUCACUGCAGGAAGACUGGAGGCUGGAGAUCCAGCAGAUGUUUGAUGAGCUGAGGGCCAAAGAGAAGGAGCUGCGUUCCUGGGAAGAGGAGCUGGCUCGGGCUGCAGAGGAACAGAGGACACAGGAAGAACUGUUGAAGAGACGUGAGCAAGAAUUAGCUGAAAGGGAGAUCGACAUUGUGGAGAGAGAGCUGAACAUCAUAAUCCAUCAGAUGUACCAGGAAAAGCCACACGUCAAAAAACGCAAGGGUCACUUCAAAAAGAGUCGGCUCAUCAAACUGGGCCGCGACAGCAACUGUAUCAGCCUGCCAUCUGAUUUUGAGCAUAAGAUCACAGUGCAGGCGUCUCCCAGUGUGGAUAAGAGGAAAAGUCAGGGCAGCGAGAGCACGACUCCACCAGCCAGUCCGGGUGUUAUACCUCGCCUCAGAGCCAUCCGACUGACUCCGAGUGACGGGAGGAACACUUGGGGCCGUACAGCGGUGUGUAAGAAAGAAGACCUGGCAGGGGCUAAAAAGAAGGGCCGUACCUGGGGUCCCAGCUCCACCCACCAGCGAGAGCGAGUAGGAGGAGAAGACAGGUUAAAGUCACUUGGAGAGGGCAAGGUGUGGUCUUCCAGUGCUCCUAAUCUGGGCAAGUCCCCCAAACAUGCUCCUAUAACUGGUGGCUUCUCCAGUCUCAAUGAGAUGGAGGAACAGAGUGAACUCGAGGAGCGAUCGGCUCCGGAGGGAAGUAGCAACGGAGCGACAGAGGAUGCCAGCCACACAUGGACGGGUGUAGGGCCGGGAGUGGGUUCCCAGGAUUCUUUGCGGCGCUGCAAUCAGAGGAAGAAGAGUGACAUGGUACUGCUAGGCUGUGCCUCCAUCUUGGCUGCCGUGGGCUUCGGCUCUGACCUGCUCCAGCUGGGGCGAUUGCAGGUAAGUCAAGAUGAACAGGAUUCACGUGAGGAGAGAAAAAAGAAGGAAGGUCUGUUUCAGCGCACAGGCCGGUUCCGGCGUAGCACCUCACCCCCAAGUCGUACACUAUCCCUGUCUCUGUCUCACAACCGCCAUCAUCAUGAGUCAGCACUGCCCUGCCUGGACCCGUCUCCUUCUGUCACACUCCUGUCCCUCUCCUCUCUUUCUGACUGCAACUCCACUAAGUCAUUGCUGCCCUCAGACCCGGACGAUCUUAUCCCAAGUCCGAGCGGCACCAUGACCUGUCCGGCACCAGCUCUAAACCCUCUGCUGGACCUGAGAGCAGAGAGUUUUAAACGGGAACCCAACCAGUCGCUCACACCCACCCACGUCUCCGCCACCAUGGCUGUGAACCGCGGGCACCGACGCACGCCGUCUGACAGUGCCAUCAGACCUCGUGCACAGACAGUGACAGGACACCAGCGCACGCCCUCAGACGGCUGCAUGCCAAUUCCUCCCAUCACACCCACUAACACACCACAAACAGGUUCUCGUGACACGUUAGACAUCCCUCGUCUCCCGGACCCAUCCACAAUCUACCCUGCGGUGCAUCGGCGUAAACCUCCUCCUUCUUCAGAAUUUCAGACUGGAACCCUCGAGCGGCCUAAGACAUUGGAGUUUGCCCCGCGUCCACGCCCCACCCCGGUCCGAGCGCGUCCGGACCCGUGGAAGCUGUCUUCACUGUCGCGGACACUGAGCUCAUCACCAGGGAGCAGCUGUGACAGUCCACUAGGUUCUGGGGACAGCGGGGUCAGCGCGGGAGGCACCACUGGACGCCAAACUCUACUGGAUAUGGACAUGGAGGGCCAGAGCCAGGACAGCACGGUGCCUCUAUGUGGGCAGCAAUCAGAAGCCACUUUCUCAUAAAAUCCCAUGAAACCUCCGUUAUAACCACAUGGCCAGCAUAUUCCUUAGAGCUAUGAAUCUCCUAGCUCUGUCCUGCAUAUCUCAUGGAGGCCGUUGUGGUUGGUGUCUUUAUUAGAUUGAAUAUCCCAGAAACCACGGCGACCCCUCACAGUGUGAGAGUGUGAGAUACGUUCUCAACAGACAAAACAAAACAACAAAAACAACAACAAAAUCACCUGGAGGGCUGUGGAUUAUCUUUCAAAGCCACUGCAGUGAAGCGCACUGUCAGAGCUGCAGCACUUUUAUGAGCUCCAUAAAAGUAAAGGUCAAAUCCUACUGCUUGCAUCAUUCCCCCUAUAGAUUGUUCAAUAAAACUCUCUUUUUUUAACAACCAGGUAAUAUGUAUGUGAUGAAUUGCAUUAGCAAAGCCAUUCCUUUGAUACUGUAUUUUCUGGACAAGAGGUUGCCCGUGAUUUUAAGACAGACGUCCCUUAAUUAUGAAGGAAAAAUAAUAUAUAAUAAGUUUGCUAUUAAGUCACAAGAACUGAUAAUCUUAAACCAAUAUUGUAAUAGCCUGCUUAAGCUUUUGUCCCUUUAGUGAUACCACAGGCCAGGAAGGAAUUGUGUGAGCUUUUGUUCAUUUUUAAUUCUUAAUUUCAUGCUUGAAUCCUUGUAGUACGUCCCUCAUGUGAGAUCCAAAGUACCGCAUCACGCAGAUACGAUAUAUUACAUUCAAUCCAGUUAAUAACUGUGAAGCACAAAAAAAAGUCUAAAUUUAUCCGUUCACAGUUAUUUCGGAAAAAUAUUCUGCCUUUUCUUAAAGGAACUGAAACAGUGGUCUUGAUUAGCAUUCAUCUUCAUAGCAUUCCAAUAUCAAGCUAAUAAUUUGAUGGUAUUUUACUUCCUAAUUUCAUUUUUAAAUUGUGCAUUAUUUCUUGGUUGUUUUUCUAUUAUUUAUCUACAUAGUUUAGUCAUUCAAUUGUUCUGUAUCACUCUGGAUAUCAUGAUACAAGGAAGCACUUAUACAGUUAAUCUAAAUCCUGAAAAAUCAACUAGUGGAAUAUGAUCAUAUUUGGCCAUUUGGUAAUAUUUCACUUCCUAAUUGAAGGCUUCUGAGACGUCAGUGUGUUCUGUUUGCACAUAGAUUGCUCAGAAAGAUUUUCCCCAUGCUUAAUUACAGUUAGAAACUGGCCAAGACGUGUUUAGGGGCGGAGCCUUGUGAAUUGUUUUAGUGACUCAAAUCUGUCAUAAGACAACAGUUAAUAUACAUACGGCUCAAAUAUUUGGAGUUGAAAACUAUGGCACUUACCGUACAUUAUAACUGGCUGUGUUACAAUUAGUCUAUGAAAUGAUAAUUAGAGAAGAUUAAUGUGGGGCUUAUAGUCCAGAAAAUACGGUAGAUCUAAGCAAAGGUUUGCUUUUUCAGUUUUUGAGGAGAAGACUGACCAUCUCAGGCUCUCUGCAGAACCUAAUCAGAAAGCAGGAGCUGUUUUAAUGUGAAGGCUUUGUUUAUCAGCAAAUCCUGAUGUACAGUACAAAUUGCCUGUGUGUAAGUAUGUAAGCAAGAAUGUGUGCAUGUGUCUUUCCGUGAGGAUUUGUCAUAGGAGUUAAAACGACUGAGAACUAGCCUCAUCGGCUGUUUACGGUUGAAAUGCACUCUCACUUCCGUUUUCCUCGGUAAACUGGAACAUUGUGAGCAUGAAGAAAGGAAAGGACUGUUAUGGUCAAACGAGGGUCUCCGUCCGUUUGCAAUAAAAUACGAAACAUACCGUACCGUACUACCUGUAUUGAAACAUACAUGCUUGUUUACCUCUUCACUCGAGACCAUGGAAGAUCUUCCUCUGCCUACACACUGAUCUGAGAAAAAGGAAGUGCUAGAUGAAGAUGUAGUCUUUUUCUUUAUUCUGAUGCUCUAUAAAAUGCCGCUGUAAUCAGGCACAAUGAGAAGGAUGCGUGAUGACUUCAUUCUGUUCAGAACAAGGAGCCCUUAACCUUGUGUUUAUGACAUUGUCAUAAUUGUCUGAAGACAGAAUACACUUUAAAGCUCGAAGGUUCAACCUGGUAAUCGACAGUAUUUUUUCAACUGUCUGCCGGUGAGUGUGUGUGUGUGUGUGUGUGUGUGUAUGUGUGUGUUAUUGUUAUCAUUUGUAUGAUAUGUGGAGGGAUGAUCCACAAAGCUGUCUCCUAUUUCCUGUGUGAAAAGAACUAAGAGUAUUUAUUAAAAUUAUUGUUAUGAUUGA